AUGUUUAACGUUGUACCUGUUGGCGUUUACCCUAUCUUGUUUGAAACUCCGGAUAGUUUUGGGUUCGUAGGUUAUGGAGAAGCGGAAGUAAUUUGUUUGGAUGGUUUACUUACGGCGACUGGCAACCUCAAAUUACUGAUCAAAGAAUCCGCCAUUGUUGCGCGCAACUAUUUAACAACGUUUGUCAAAAAUCAAGGAUUGGGAGAUGCAUCAAAUUUGCACUUCUUUGUUCAUAUAAUACCUGGAUCGUUCUCGAAAGAUGGAGGCAGCGGUGGCGCCGGCCUUGUAACCUGCAUGUUAAGCAGGUUCCUGGAAUUGGCUCCUUUGAACGGUAUUACCUACUAUUUGUAUAUUAGAGAUAGAAAGCAGAAAAAGCACCCCCCACUGCCGAAAAAGCACCCCCACUGCCGAUCUUUUGAAAAGAUGGUGGUAGUGGAGGUGCAGGAUUAGUUGUAUGUAUGCUGUCGCGUUAUCUUGAAACUCCUCCACUGAAUGGUAUAUUUUUAAAAUUAUUUUAUGACAAAUUUUUAGUUCUUGGGUGAAGUUGAGUUGACCAGAAAGGGCAAUUUUAUACUGUUGGUGUAAUUCAUCGGCAGCCAAAAGGGUUACUAUGAAGCCUAUGUGGAAAGAACUGGAUGCAAGUAAGAAGGUUUUGUAGU